ACCCAAAAAUCAUCUCCUCCUGCCCUCAUAGUUCAUAGAGUUUGCUAGCAAUGGCAGGCACCAAGCUUGCAGCUCUUGGGUUCGUUGUCCUCUUGAGCAUUGGACUAGCCAGUGCUGCAAGAGUAGAAAGAUACUCCAGUUCCCAAGGUUCAGGUACAGGAGGUGGAGAGGGAGGAGGAUAUGUGAACGGAGGGGGAGCUGGGAAAGGAGUCGGGGCUGGUUCUGGUAGCAGUAACUCUUAUGGUGCUCAUGCAAGUGGUGGAGGUGGCGGCGGAGGUGGUGGUUACAGCCAAUACGGUGGAUCAGGAUCUGGUAGCGGAUACGGCACGGGCUCAGGCUCAAGCCAAACUUCACAAAAUGGAUACUAUGGUUAUGGUGGGUCAUCCAGUGCUAGCGGUGCUGGUGUUGGUGGUGGUGCCGGACAAGCCGGUGGUUACUGGCCAUCCAAUGGUCAUGGGUCCGGCAGUGGUACGGGCUAUGGCUCUAGCACUGCUAAUAACUACUACUAUGGACCAUAUGCAAAUGCAAAUGCUGGUGGUAAUGGUGGCGGUAAUGGUCAAGGCCAAUAUGGUGGCAGUGGCGGUGGUGGAGGAGCUGGAGUUGGAUCUGGUGACGCCAGCCCUUAAUUUCCUUCGUAAAGGAAAUUUUAAAAAUGGAGCCCACUAUGUUUCGUACCAUGUCUAUGAAGUAGAAUUUGUUCUCAUUUAUUUGUACUUGUUUCAUGUGUUGUGCAACAAGAAAUAAAGGGCUUCAUUGAUUCAGUAAAAUUUGGUAGCAUGCGACUUACCAUGACAUUUAUGCAAA